GAGAGAAGAGGGGGGGGGACAAGGGCAGUGCUCUAGUUAAGGGGAAUAAGAUAGGGAAUGCCUGAUAGAUGCAUCUUGCCGGUAAUAGCACACAUCAGCCACGGCACUGCGACUGACAGCACAGCCAGAGAGCGGGGGACUUAUCAGCUGAGCACAGAAUUGUACAAUGAGAGAGAGAGAGAGAGAGAAGAGAGAAUAACUGAAUCAGAUUAUCAUCCGCACGUUGGAGAGCGCAAAGCACAGAGGACUGAGAGAGCGCAGGAAAGGAGGAGAAGAAGAGGAGAGACAAAUACAGAUACGGAUUGUGUUGUUUGGGGGGGGGGGAGUUUCCAGCUCCCCAGGCAGAAAUCAGUCCUGAGGUCAGCAGUAGGAAGGAAGAAGUGGAGCAGCUGAGAGUUGGAGAGAGAGAUUCACAUGCACACACACAGCACAGCAGUGUGGAGAUCCAGGGGACACUAUUGAAACUUACUGACUCAAGGACAUAGCUUGCUGUAACACAUCAGGGUAAUAAUGCUCCUCGCUGGACUAGGACUUCUCUGCAUGGCUAACUCAGGAGCAUGAGACUAGACAUUGGACACUGGGCAGACGACACAUAGAGCUGGGAAUAGUGCCUGUGUCUUCCUUUUACUUACCUGAUACAGUUUAGUCGCGCCAUUGUUGGGGGAUAGAAAGAUUCAGAGUUUCUGGGCUUGGAGAGAACCAGUAGAGAUCAGAGAGGGAGAGAGGAGACUGCUGGAGGGGGAGAGUUGUGUCCUCUCAUCUCUGAGACAUGGUAGAGUGUGUUACGGUAGAGAGCCCCUCAGCAGCAGUGUUAGCCCAAGAGCAUGGAGAAGUCCAGCAGUGAGGAGUCAGCCAUUCACCGCAGCCCAUCCGUGGAUAGCCGCGACUCCGACUUUGUCCGCGACUCCACGUCUGGCCGCCCAUUCGGCGGCCGCGGCUUCACCGCCGGCGCGUUCUACGGCUCUACGGGGCCGCGCGGUACCACUGCACAGGGGCAGGCUGGGACAGCGGCCGACACCAGCAUCAACGUCGGAGGAGACAAGAGCAGCAAUAACAAGUACACGGCCCCCAAAGGCAGCAAAUACGUGGUCUUUUACCUGGAUCUAUCAUUUGUGUUCCUUUUAGAGUUCAAGAAGUACAACAUGGCACGGGGCUGUCUCUGCUGUUUGAAGUACAUGAUGUUCUUCUUCAACCUCGUCUUCUGGUUGUGUGGCUGUGGGCUGCUGGGCGUGGGCAUCUGGCUGUCUGUGUCCCAGGGCAGCUUUGCCACCUUCUCACCCUCCUUCCCGUCGCUCUCCGCUGCCAACCUGGUCAUUGCCAUCGGCGCCAUCGUCAUGGUGACCGGCUUCCUGGGCUGCCUGGGAGCCAUCAAGGAGAACAAGUGCCUGCUUCUGAGUUUCUUCAUUGUCUUGCUGAUAAUCCUGCUGGCAGAGCUGAUACUACUCAUCCUGUUCUUUGUGUAUUCAGAUAAGGUCAGUGAGAAUGCCAAGCAGGACCUGAAGGAUGGCUUGUCUCUGUACAACACAGACAACAACGUAGGCCUUAGGAAUGCAUGGAACAUCAUCCAAGCAGAGUGGAAGUGUUGUGGGGUGGUAGGGUACACAGAUUGGCAUGAGGCCCUCAAGGAGAAAAUGGUGCCCGACCGCUGCUGCCAGGAGCACUACCAAGAAUGCGGACGGAACUCCACCAACAUGUUUUGGACAAGGGGCUGCUAUGAGAAGGUGGAGGAGUGGCUCGAUGACAAUAAGCAUCUCAUGGGAACCAUUGGCAUGUGCAUCUUGGUAGUGCAGCUCCUCGGCAUGGCGUUCUCCAUGACACUGUUCCACCAAAUCCAUAGAACGGGGAAGAAGUACGAUGCUUAGCGGGUGACAGACGGCACACAGUGAAAGGAGCCACAUACGCUGCCUGAUGGGAAAGACUCUGGAUGACCCCCUAUCCCCCCCUUACCCACUGCAUCACUAAGCCUCCCCAUUCUUCCCAGAAACCCUGUACAGACUGCAGUUGCGUCACCCUCCUCCUCUGCUCUGUCCACUCCACCAUUCAUUUGCCAAAGAAAAAUGGGACUGGAAGAUAAAAGGACAAAUGUACUUUUGGCAAGGAACCCUUAGGUUAUCGCUCUCCUCUUCAGAAGUACAUUUCUAUUUUUGGGGUGCUCGUACUAACAGUUUUGUGGGAAGUACGGAUUUUCUGAAACGACAAACGCUUUACUAAUACUCACAUCCCCCUGCAAGGCAAAGAAAGAGAAGACAAGAAAACCGAUAUUGUAGUUCCCUCCUGGCUUUCAUGGAUUUUGUCGUGUUGAUUAUUUAUGUUAACUUUCCCUUGUAAAUGAUGAAAGGCUCCAACAUAGCAUGCUAGUUUUCUACUCCCUGGAACUUUUUGUCAUUGAAAAUGUCAGACAACAAUGUUUUUUUUCCCAAUACAACAUGAUUUUUUCCCUAAAUGUGUUCUUUAUGCUCAUAUGGAAUGGAGUGUUUGAUAUGCUAAGUCUUAUCUCUUGUCAGAGCUGUAAAAUGGAUGAGAUGUGUUUAGAGGCUGUGGAUGGUCAGAGGUCAGGGGUUAGGAUCAGGGUUAUAAUGCCAGGAGUCCUUAGUACAAGGUGCUCUGGAUUCAGACAGGUUCUUGGAACGUCAGGAAUUUUCUGUGAUAGGAAUUGCAAAUCUUGAAAUCAAUAGUCAUUUCAACCAAAUCACCUAGAUAACCAUCUCACCACUCAACACACAAAGAAACAUACCAGUGUUGUUCUCUUUUCAACUUCCACCCAUCCUACAUUUAUUUCAAAGUUUAGUCAUUUAGCAGACACUUAUCCAGAGUGAAUUACAAUUAGUGCAUUCAUCUUAAUAUAGCUAGAUUCAGCUUAAGAUAGUCUAUAACCACCAGUACUUCCAUUCUGAAGUAAAAUAAAUAGACUGUUACAAAAUGAAUGUGUUAAAUACGGGCCCGCCAGGACUGGCACGUAGAGAUAUCUGGUGCUCUCUCUCUCUCUGAGGGCUGAGACUAGUGACUGCAGCAUUAGAUCAGACUGAUAGAGCUUCUACUGCAGUGGUGGCAGCGUGAGAUUUGAGAGGAGAGAGAGAACAGAACUGCUGGAUGGAUAGUUGCCUUCAAACGUCUACUACAGCAUUGAUCGUCUGAAGAGUUUCUCUGCAGUGUUUCUCCUCUGGCACACCUGAACUCUUUAAAAAACAAUCCCUCUCUUUCUCUAUCUCGUUCUCUCUUGCUCUCUCCUCUCCCUCUCUCUCUUUCUUUUUACAUGUCAGAACGGCAGGGGGGAGAGAAACUCUUCGCAGUACACAUUUCCACUGACAUUCCUGCUAGACUAAGUGAUGAUGUAUCUAUCUAUACCUCUAGUCUGGAUGCUACUGCUGUUGUAGUUUUCAAAGCACAUCCCCUGCUUCAGUCUGUCACAGAGGGGGUGGAAGGUGAGGGAGGGAAUCAGAUCAAAAGGCGAUGCAGUGGUUUAGAUACGGCAACGCGUCCUGUAGGUCAAGUCGUUUUACUAGCGCCACAACGUAAGUCAAUGUAUGGCUCAACCACAGGAGUCCUGAACAACAAGUGUCGUUUUUUUCAGGCCACUUGGAUAACUACACUCUAAACUACUUAGGAGGGCUUUACCAACAGGGUCAUGUCCAUUAGGCACCAUCAAAACAGACCGAAACAGUGUGGGACUACAUGGAAACGCACAUUUUCCAAUGCUUGCCCUAAUGAACGCAACCCAGUUUUCCUUUAACAUGUAAUCAUGCAGAAGAAGAUGGAAAUUUAAGAGGCGUUCACUGCCAACCGUCUGCUUGUAGUAAUUGAUAAACUGAUUCAUUAUUAACACGGAGGUUGGCUGAACUGGCUGGAUGUUUACUGUUUACUGCCUAGCUUUUACACUCUCCGUCUGCAGCAAGGAUCAUCUGCAGGAUCAUCUAAGGUCAUUAAUUAAGGCUGAUUAGGACAUCUUUAUUUGAACAUAUUGGGAUGUACAUACUCUACAUAGUGGUAGAUUGCAGCAGAUGCUGGUUUGUGUGUAGCUGCGUCACAGGCUCAGUUGGUUGUUGCUCACCUUUUACCUCUGCUUCACCGGAUGCCCUCAUCAUACUCCACAGGGAAAACAUGACAGCUGCUGAUGUAAAGCAGAGGCUUCACAUCCCCUCAGCCUGGGUGCAUCCACAAACAGUCGUCGCAAUUUAGCGCUCCAGAAAAUUCUGCAAGGUACAUGCCAGGAUAGACAUUUGUAGCGACGUGACAGUUGUUUUUGGUCCCUUAAGAACUUGUUUGCUGUAGAGUGUAGACCUACAUGUAUAUCCCUUGUACCCCCCUUGUAAAUCCUUGCACCCUCUCCCUUGAGUAAGAUUGGGUGGUGGUGAGGGGAGUUUUAUUUGUCACUAUGCUUGCUCCCAGAAGUAAUACUGCAUCUAACAUCAUAGACUUAACUGAUCAUAUCUGUGAUCAUUACUGUAUUGUAAAAGUCUGACAUUGCCACAUUGUGUGAACUGAUUUGGGGUGGAAUGGUUUGAUGUUGAAUGAAAUGCAGAAUAGCCUCUUCAGCAUGAAGAUAGAUAUAUAUUUUUUAAAUCCUGAAGACGAACCAGCUUCACACUGUUUAUAUGUCAGACGUAGUUCAAGAAUCAUCUCAAAAUCUCAAACUGUUUUUCCGUUGUCAUUCAUGUAACGUGUAACUGUCACUGCCCUCUUUGAAAUGUCAGUGUUCAACCAUUCAGAAAUGUUUCUGUUCUUCUGAAGGAAUUCAUUCAUGUCUUUGCUUCUCUCACAUUCUCCCAUCGUCAAUUGGUUUCUCAGUGUUUAAACAAUUGUUGUUUGUUCAUGUUCGUAAGGGUGCAGUAUAAGAAGGCCUGUUACUUUAACACAAAUUGUUUUUGUCUCUUGCUUUUAUACAAUAUGCUGUUUUACUAUGUUCUACUUGGCUUUGUUUUGUCUGAAGCUCACUGUCAGUCAACAGGAGAACAUAACAUCAUUAGUAUUUCAUCCUCGGGAUUAAAAAAGGAUAGUUAGACGGGAGAGUUGAAGAUGAAAAACUUUUCCUGUUCAAGGUGCAACUAAACCACCUUCCUGUCUUAACUUUGCCACAGGCAUUUAUCCACGUCCCGUUUUGAGGGAGGAACAUGCAGUCAGAGUAAGAGGAUAUACGAAGAUCUUUUAAAUUAAGAGUGCUUUUCUAUUAUCUGCGGUAUGUCUUUAACCAUACCUGUAACACUUUUGUAAAUGCCCGCCCAACCUUGCCAUGUGGAAUGUGUUAAAUCUCAGAUGACACUGACUAAGCAACAUAAUUCCUUUUACUGCAUUACGCUUAUGCUAGUCCUGGGUGUAAAUAAUCUAAUUUCACAAAUGAUCAACUGUUGCACCUCUACAAUAGGAAGGAACUCAUGAACCUAAUACCUAUUGGCAUCAUUUGAUAUGAAAUGAAAUUCUAAAUGAUAGCAGGAUCUUACCGACUAACACGUACGCUCUCUCUGACUGUAUAUUUUUGGAAAUCAUUUUCUCAGCUGUAUGGGUGUUAACUAAUAUCCUACCCAUUAAUUGUUAUUUUAUUAAUAUUUUAUUCCUUUGAUAGUUUGUUUGCAUUUGUACAUUUUCAUUCAGGAGCAGUGUAUAUGAAAUGUUCAUAUGUUUUUUGAGGUUAGUACUGUAUUCAUGUUUUUACACUAUUGCAGCUUGUAGUGAGAGAUACAUUUCAUGCAUGGAUUUGGAAUGAGCAUUAAGUAUUUACUCUCUUCACAUGGAAACACUGCCACAGACUAGAGACGGAAAGGGAAGAAUGGUUGUUGGGGUUUUGUAAGGAAGCAGCUCAUUUCUAUCUACCACCUUUGACAUAUUUUUAUAAUCUCUUCUCUAAUCCCCCACCACUAAAGCUGACUAUCUGAGCUGUUCUGAAGUGUAUGCUCUUGAAUAGUGUGUUUGAUGUAGUGUCGUGGCAAACGGCAGUAUUAUCUUCUACCUGUCAGCCUUGUCCUGUGGAGUUUUUCUGCUACAUGUAAAAUCACUCUGAAUAUAAGGUGGUGCACUACAUUUCAUUCUUUAAAUCCUGCUAUUUUUUAAAUAAAGGAAAGUGUGUUGCAAAAUUC